UGAGUCUAUUUCUAUUUGUUUACUUUUAAGUGUACUGUAGGAAACAGACAAAUUGUCUAGAUUCUAGAUUAGAUCUAACUAGAUCCAUAGACUCUAUUCUAUACCGUAGAGUCUAGUUUUAUAGAUCUAGACUCAAGAUUCUGAAUAGCUUGUAUAGUGUCGCGGUAUUUUUUUAAAAUUAAAAAUAAUUUCUGAUUUGGAUUUAAAAAUUUUUGUCGAUGUCAACUAUGUUCAACAGCACCACUAACUGUUUGCUUGUUAAAACUCAGGAGAAUAUUUCAUCACAAGAUGUAAAUUUUGUUGAAAUGGAAGAAGAACUGACAUGUCCAGUGUGCCUUGAGUUGUUUGCUGACCCUCUGAUGUUACCUUGCUCACACAGCAUAUGUAAAACAUGUUUACUUGAUAUUAUGAAGUGUAGGUCAAAGCAAGGAAAAGAUGGCAUGGAAUGUCCAGCCUGCAGAGAAAGCCAUAAGUUGAUAGCUGAUCAAAUUAAUAAGCUCCCUAAGAAUCUUGCCUUGGAAAAUAUAGUCUUCCGCUAUCAGGAGAUACGCAGCCACAAUAUGAGCAAGGCAGGGAAACUAUUGUAUAAAGAAUCAGAUGUUAAUGAUUGCCAGGACAAGCCUGAUUCACCUUCAACAAACAACUCAGAAGAGUUUCUAUGUGGAAUGUGUGAAGGCCCAGACAAGAACCCUGCUGAUUGGUUUUGUUCACAGUGUACAGUCCUGUAUUGUCAAAACUGUCUUGGUAAAUACCACCCCAAACGUGGACCUCUAUCCAAGCAUAAGCUGAUGAAACCCAUGAUGAAGGAAACUCUUGAAAGCUCCAUUCACUGCCCCGACCAUGAAUGUGAAGUUGCUAGUAUAUUUUGUGGCACCUGCAAAGUAGUAGCAUGUCAUCUGUGUGUCUGUCAAGGCAUCGGCCAGCACUGCAAUCACAUAAUUCUGGACCUUGAAACAGCCAAAAAGCAUUUGCAGGAAGCAUUACUAAAAGCUAAAGGAGAUCUGGAUACUAUAAUAAAUUCCAUAGCUAAAAAAGAUAGCACAGUCAACACAAAAUUACAGUUUAUAAAGAGUCUAGAGAUGUGUGCAGUCAGCAACAUUUCAAGUCAGUGUAAUUGUAUACUGGCUGAUGUAGCUCAGACUUUAGAGUUGGCAAGAAAAAAAUCAGUCAGGAGCAUCUUAGACAUAUCCAGCAAACAUUCCUCAAAUCUAGUGAGCAGCAGCCAGCAGAUUAAGUCUCUGUUGUCUCAGUGUCAGAACCUAGAGGCUGUGUGUAAGGACCUACUUGGCAUGCAGAAAUCCGAAACUCUUAGCUGCCCAUCAGCCAAUGCUCAGUCACAGCGACACUUCUCCUCCCCCGCCAUCUGUUUUUCUGAGACAGUGUCAUCAUCUGCAGAAAUAGCAGAGUACAGCGAUCCUUUCAGUGAGUCACAGGACAUACGUGUUAGUAGCGCAGAACCAUUGGAUAGGGAUCGGGACAAAAUUAAAAAUGGCGAUUCUGAAGGGAAUAAACUGCAAGAGGGGAAAAAACGAGCAUCUUCUGAUUCUAUCAACCUCAGGUUGUCAAGCCAGAAAAGUGUUGAGGACAGAUCGCCCAAGCAGAACCGUGUCAGCACCAGAACAUUCUACACACCUGUGAAAGAAAAACCUAAUGCUCUGGUGGAGGAUGAUCUGGCUAGAACUAGAAAAAGCGUUGUGGACCAAAAAAAUUCUGAGCGCAAAAUGUCUGCUGGGCAGAUUGGCUUGAAAAAACUGUUAGCUGGAGAAAUAGGAAUGUCAGACCUGAAAGAUAAAGUUAGCUUUGAGCUCGGCUCAGAUAAGGACAGGGAUACAUCAGAAGAUAUGUUAUUGCAGAGAGCAGAUGAAGUGGAUCCUAUCAUACAACAUAUUGCUACUUUAUCCAAAGAGAGUGAAUCAGACCAGAUGCCAGAUCUCCAGGAUACACAACUCAGUGAUGAUGAAGCUAAAAUUAAUAACUGUGUAUUGAGUUUUCAUGCAACUACUCUGGCGUUGUUAUCAAACAUAUCAGACGACACUGAAAUGGAUUGUCCCAUCAUUACUCCGUCUAUCAGAUCAGUGGUUUCCCCAGCAACUGUCAGUGGGGCACCACGAGUCCAAAACAGGUUGUUAAUCACUUGGGGUUUCAGCUCCAACACAUUCACAGCGGAACCAAUUGAGCACAGUGCCCAGUGGUCAGUUCAUAUCUCCAGAAAUGCCAACCACUUUGGAGAUAUCAAAUCUGGUUAUUUAUUUGGUGUUGGUGUAGCCACCAAACCUCUGAACUCCAAAGACCAGGUAGGAAUGACUUCAGAAUCUGAUGGCAUUGUCUGUGUCAAUGGUCAGCUAGCUCUGUGUCAGGACAGUCAGCUCAACAUCAUUUCACCACUUAGAGAUCUACCAGUGGUCAUCACUCUCUAUGUGGACAAGAACCACUUAGGAUACAUCAUGGCCUAUAAAAUCACAUUCACUGACUCAUCCAGCUCUGUGCGGGGAAAAAGGCUCAUCCAACUGUUACCAGAUGAGGCUCCCGACAGUGUUGACAAGCAAAAUGUCCCUGAGGUCAAAGUUUACCCUGUGUUCACACUAAGCCAGCGGGUCAAAAUGCAGUUCCCUUUAUCCUCAGAUGUAUGAUGUUAAACUGAAUAUUGUAAAGGACAUAAAUAUGUAAAAGAUUUUUGUUUUUAUGGGAUCAAAUGUUAAAAAGAAACUCAUUUCUUAAGAUCAUUUAUUUAUAGUGCAGGCAUAUUCAACACGAGUUUUUGUUAUCUCUGUAGUUCAGUAGCCUUAGAUAAAGAUGUCAUCAUAUUCAGCUUAAAUUAUAUUCAUCAUCAUCAUCAAACUCCAUUAGAGUGAGGGCUUGAGAGGCUUAAAUCCUCUCUUGCAAAAGCCCUGGACAGAUUUGGGUUGCCCCUUAGAGCGAGCAGUGAAAACAGUCCAGACAUGAACAUUGGACUAUGAAUCGAUCGAAAGAUCAGUUAAUUCAACCACUCGCUCGUAUGGGCAGGGUUUAAUCCACGAAAGUGGAGUGAGGCAGGAGACCUUUUUUUAAAGCCACCAGUUUUAGGGCCCGCAAAUAUUUUGAUGGCUUGACCCUCCACUAGUCUCCAGGGCGGUGGCUGGUCAGUUCAACAUUAGCUAAAGCCCCGACAGACACAAAUUCCUACACCAGACGAGCGUGCAGGGGUUAUGUCGAUCAGAGCUUAGCAUUGCCCAGACCUCACCAGCCUGCUAGGAAAGUUGGGGCUCCCGCAACGUUUGCCCUUUUCGGACCACCCUGAGAGCAAAGGGUGGACUUACUCCAGUUACCAGGGGACACCACGGGGACACCACGAGGAGGUCGACGGGCACUGUCCCCCUUAAAUUAUAUUAACAUCAUUCCCUCAUUUCCUCCAGUGCACUUGGAAACAUAAAAUACACUGAGCAUGAAAACAAAAAAAUGAUUUUUGUAAGAAGGAAAGUUUUCACUUGUAAAUAUUUUUAGAUUGUAAUAUUUAUUUAUUUGCGGUGGUCUUAAGUGAAGAAUGUUUCUUCAACACUUUGAUUGUAGAUUGCACGCUUAUCUAGUGCUGGGCACUCAGUAACUUAGUAUUUCAGUUCACUUUCAACUAUUAAUUUUUUUUUAUUACUUUGUUGUUGCUGCUCUUCCCCACCGAAUGUAGUUAAUUUGUUAUAGCAGUUUCCAACUUAGGACUGUCAUCACCAUCUUCCUGAGCUAGAAUCCUGUCUGUCAUUACUAUCUGCAGAGAUUUGGGCUUGUAUUAGAGCAUGGAACAGGUUGCCUGAGUCAGCCAGGGAAGCCAAUGACUUGGCAGAAUUUAAGUCAUUGAUUAACAUGCAUGACUAGAUUGACAUAGGGACACAAGUAGUAUGUAAUCAUCUUUUUUGAAGUAGCGUCUGCUAGCUAAUAAGAUAAGAUAAUAAUUUUCAUAUCUGAAACAUUUAAAGCAAAACUGAAGAAAUGUCGAGAGAGACUCAGAGAAGAAAUUGAGACAUAGAAUGUAAUAAUUCUUUAUUUCUGAAGAAACUUCUGAGAUUUUUAUUUUCAUAGAUAAUUUUUAAUUUAAUUUUGAGCUGUUUGUUAAUUGAAUUCUUAACUUCUUUUGCAUGUACUUAAAAGAUGAACAAAAAAAAACCCAACUCAUUUCUGAGUUUGGUGCAAACCUACCGGUAUUUAAGACAAUUUAAACCUAUUGAAGACUAUUUAAACCUAUUGAAGACAAUUUAAACCUAUUGAAGACUAUUUAAUUUUAUUGAUGAAAUGGAUCCCUUGAAUUCUAAACUGUUUCUUUACUUAGAGAAAAUGUUUUAUUUUUAUUCUGGGUUGUGAUGAAGUGACUAUAGUGCAAUAAUAAUGUAAAUAUUGAACAAAUCAAAGCACUGGAGGCUAGAACCUCAAUGUGUUACAGUAUGUUUUUAUGUCUGGCAGAGUCAAGAUUACACCUAAUUGUUGUUAUAGAAAAAACAUAAAAGUACCUGUACAUAGCCUUCUAUUUUGGGUUGUUUUUUUUUUCAAAAGUUUUUUUCUCUGUGUUUUUUCUGUGUGUGCAGUGAUCUCUUUACAUAUCAGUAUGAGAAUGUUUUAUUUUUCUAUGCAUUUCUUUUUUACUCUAUUUGUCGUACUGUUUGGUCCACAGUAGUAUUCUUUUUUCUGUGAGAUUAAGAAACCACCACUCCCACAGUUCCAAGUCUGGUCAGGAAACAUUUGACCACUAAUGGUAAUCCGUUUGGGAAAGUAUUUUAAGUUGAUUGUUCUGGUGGCUUCAGUUCCCCUUUUGUCCCAGCUCCUCAUCCGUCCUACUGAGCUCUUCAAUAAUGUAGUAAUACAUUAAAUAUAGGCUGAAAGCAUUGCCCUGAACAUAGACCACAACUACAUGUUUUAGCUUUUAAUGAGAUGAAAUGCCUGAAAAAGUUGAUAUUUUUAUUUAAAUAAAGAGGAUUAAUUAUAGACACGAAUUAGUAUCAUUCAGUUUUUUUUUUAUUAUAACUUGUUUAUAAUUACAAUGGAUAUAUGACAUGUUGUAUUCCUUUAUAACAAAUCUGUAUGUGUGACAAGUCUAGUAUUUUGUCAGUUGUACUAACAAAAUGUGUACAAAUGCUAUGCUUACUUAUCACUUAGGAAAGUAUGACAUGAUACAUUGUGGUAUCAUUUUAUCAGGCCUCUGAGAAAAUUGUAUCAGUAUGGCAAAAAACGAAGGUGUGUUACAUUUUACAAGUUUAAAAAAAAUUAAUGUAUGAAAUUUGAAAAAAAAAAUUUAUUUGAAUGAAUAUGCUGUACAAACAGUAGAUAACAUGCUUGUGGUUGGGAAUGUUUUGCUGAUAGCUUAAUUAGUUCAGUGGUCCUACAUUUGAUUAGCACAGACAAGUUAUACUACAAUAUUCAGACUCUCAUUUCUAGAGAGAUAUAUUUUGACUUUGUUUAUCUGCUAUUUUGUUCAGUUUGUUUUUGAUUUUGUGAUCUUCUACCAUUCCGUGUGUACAUAACUAUAGCAUUUUAGUCUUGACACUUUAUUAGCAUUUUUGUGUUUUUGUUCGUGGCAGUUGACAAAAUAUUUUUAUUUUGUUUUCAUGUGUACAUAGAUAGGCAUUUAUGUGAUUUUUUUUAAAACUUGCUAAAAAAUUGUCAGACUUUGGUGUGGUUUCAUUUGUUGUUUUGUAACCAGCAAGCACAAGCUUGUUUCCAGGAUAAGUUGGCAAUUGAAAUACAACUUUUCAUGGCAUGCACAGGUCCAGACUUAGAAACAUCAGUUGAAAGAGUAAUCUUUUCACCUUUGUGUUCUUACUUUGAUGCAUGUCCCUUGAACAAUGGAAGCAGUCAAUGAUGGGACUUCAAAACAUAACGUAGCUAUUUCUUAUUUUGUUAUAUAAAGUACAUAUCAUUAUAUUCAUAUAUAAAGCUGUAAAUGGCUGCUACUAUUGUAUUCUACAGUGGUGUUCAACAAGAAAGACUUGUUUAAUUAAAGCAGUUUAAAAAAAAACAAAAACAUCCAAACCAAAAA